AUGGCAAAUACCAGUGUCGACUCUCCUCAACCUCAAAAUCCCCUCGGAGCUGGAAAUGCACAAAAUGCAGAGCAACAUCGGCUCCGCCAGCAGCAGAUCUGCGCUCACAUGAACGCCGACCACCAAGAGACUCUGGGCUUCUUCUUGAAAGUUUAUUGUCGUGUUUCUGCUAAAGAAGCCAAGUCUGCCGAGCUCGAGGAAAUUCGUCUUUCUGGGAUGACCAUCACCACUACUACCAGUACUUGUCCUCCGGCCACUGCGCAAAAGACGCAUUACUUUGUUCCAUUUGAACCCGAAUUAUCCUCAAUCAGUGAGGUGCGCCAACAGGUUGUCAAAAUGCACCACCACUGCCUCAAGACUCUUGGACGCUCCGAUAUCACCAUCACGGAAUACCGGCCUCCCACGGGGUUUCCAGCCGUCCUCUUCACAACGUGCCUAUUGACUUUUGCCGCAUUCUCUCGACGAGCCAAUUUCCAAGAGGGCUCCAGCCUGUACUCGCUCGUGCUUCGGCAUGUGCCCAGCUUUGCGGUUUUCUGCUACACGAUCCAACCUUUGCUCAUAACUCUGAUGGUCGCCAUUCAUCUAAGCGAGGCUCUUUAUAUGUGGGUUUACAGGCUAAAGCCUCACAACAUUGCCUUUGGGUCGCGUCUGUGGCUCUGUUGGUUUGUCAAUGAUUUCAUCGAAGGGUAUACAGCCAUGCAGCGGUUUGACGCUGUUGUUGCAGAGGAGAUGGCGAAGAAAGCACAGCAUGCGCCGAAGAAAAAGCCAUCAAACUAG